AUGCCGAUCAUCUUAUGUUUCUUAGCGCCCCCUAAUCUGUCCUAUCCCCCCCUCCCGUCUGGUCAACCUCCCCCUCAACCCAGCUCGAACCCUUCUGCCAAUCAGCAGAACAAUCACUUCCAGCAACCCCAACAGGCCCAAGCCAACCCAUCUUCGACAACCCAGCCCUAUCCAUACAACAACUCUCAAUAUCCCGCUGGCGCUUACGGUCAAUACACCGGUUAUCCUCAACCGCAAGCCGCCGCAUAUCCCGGUACCACCUACAACCAGCUGCCUGCAAAUCCCCAACAGGCCCAGCAGCCCGGCGGCCAUCCCCAAGCGCAACAACAGCAGCCUGCUGCCCCUCAUCCUGCUUACGCGAACUACGGCUAUGGUGCCCCAGCUGGUCCACAACAGCCUACCAAAGCCAACCAGCCUUUUCAUCCUUACCCAUCCCCCAAUGGCGCUCAGUUGCCCUCCAACCCCCAGAACCCCAUCCCGCCCAACCCAUACACGGGCUACCCUACUGGUCAAGUGAACGGACCUGGGCUUCAAAACUCUCCCAGUGGUGGGCCUGCCCAACCACCUUUCAAGCGACCACGAUAUGAAAACAGCAAUACCGGCGCAGGAUAUGGUUCACCGGCUCAACAAAAUUCCUAUCCCGGCGCCACUGCUCAGCCGAACGCCAAUCCUCAACCACCCGCGAUACCACCCUUAAGACCUAAUAACAAUCACACCAAGAUCGGUAAUGGAUCUUCGGGAACUUUGAGAAUCGGUGCUAGUACUAGUAAUAGUCGGGGCGGAUUCACAGGCAGUAGACCUACCCGUCCAGGUGGCCCAGGGUUUGGUAACAACUCGCCCAUUCGACUCAACUUAGGUGGCGGUGGAGGAACUGGCAACUACGAUGGCAGCUCUGCUGGCCAUUUCGACAACAAUAUGUCGCAAUCCAUGGCUCACCCGCUCCCGGCCUUUCACCAGUCGCCACAACCCUCGGGCAAUACUCCCCACUAUCCCCAAACGACCUAUAACAACGAACAACCUUAUCAACCCUAUCCAGCUAACACCAGCUACCCUCCUUCGAGCAACAACGAUUUGUCCAACCCAGCUAUGGGUGCACACCCUCGUGGAAUGAAUGAUGGAAUGCGGGGCAACAACUUUUCUUCCGACUUCAACUGUGGCGCUCCGAAUUUCAAUGCCGGCCCGCCUCAGACCCCAAACGACUCUUUCAGACAUCCCGUUGGAGGUCCUGGAAGCCAUGGCUCCAGCUCUCAUCGACCGGGUCGUGGGGGCUUCCGCGGUAACUCAGGAAGCUCCAUGUCCGGCGGUCGGGGCGCUCGUGAUCGAAGCGAGAUGGCCGGCAGCGAGAUGAUGACUCCCCGCGGCAAUAGGCCGUACCCUAAUCAAUCCUUCGGCUCCUCCAAUAAAUCGGAGAGACAUGGACCUGGAAAUCGAUCGACUCGGGGUGGCAGUGGAGCUCCUGGUAGUCGACAAGAUGAUCACACAUCUACCUUUAGUGCGCCCGGUGGUAGUGGUCCUCGUCAUCCCGACAGGCCCACAGGCCCGUCCAACCGCGGUCCGCGCAACAUUUCCAAUCUGCCCACCGCUCCCUUUCCUAAAAGCAGUCAACAUCAUGAUCGCAGAGGUGGCGGAGGUGGUAGCAACCGUGGCGGAGGAAGCAUGGGAGACCGAGCUUCUGGAAGCAGAGGCGGCCGAAAGAACAACGGUCGGGAUUCCAAGUUCGACGACCGCAAGACCGGCAACCGGGCCGGAAGAGGUGGUGGACCGGGCGCAAGCUCGGGAUCUGGUGCUGAUAAGACCAAACCGACUGCCGGUCCGAGCAGCUCUCGCGCCAAGAACGGCUGGGGUGCCCAGUCGAAAGAAUUCCACGAUCGUGAAAAGGACGGGGACAAAAAUGAAGAAAAUGCAGAGAAGAAACGUCCGAUGACCGAUUUCCGCAUCGAGGGAUUGGAAAUACCUGAUCUGUCAUGGGCAUGGGCGGCCGACAAAUCGAAUGGUAUUGCCUCAAGCGCGAUCGCCACCAGCCUACAAGAAAAAGCCAGAACGACUCCAGGCAAACAUCCCCGUGAUGAAGAUGACGACUGUAACCAACCCGAGACAUCUACCUCCAAUGAUGGUCAUUCCAACUCAACUGGACCCAAUGGUAGCAACAAGAAAGCCAAGUCAGACAGUACGGUCGAAUUGGCUAGGAAGAUUUACGAGGAGGCCGCAUCGGCCGUUAAAGGGUUGAAUCUGACUGUCGAGGAGCACAGCAGUGACCACGAGGACAACAAUUUGGACCAAGAAAUAACCAACCAACUACUCCCAAACUCCGCCAAGGAGAAUUCAGCCCCGUGUGAGACUGAUCCGGCCGGUCCACCGUCUACCAGUACACCCACCGUCACUGGUGAAGGUCACAAUAGUGAUGCUGCUGCUAUCACUGAUCCAAAAAAUAGUGAAAUCCCCCACAUUGUCACAGCACUUUCAGAGUCGCAAACUACUGUCGCUCCGCCUCCCGAUGCGCCCAAAGGGCAACCCCGCGAUCGCGGCAAGCCGGCCUCCAAGUCCUCUACUUCAGACUCAAUAGAAAACUGUCGAUUCCGCCUAUGCUUUUCUGCUCCUUCGAGCGAAGGCACAAAUGACACCACCCCAGCCACCCACCCCAACAAGGCCGUGUCAGGCACUGCGGCUGGCAAACGCAAACUCUCUGUAUCCGGCUCCUCCGUCAUGGCCCCUGGCACUCAACCUGAGGGGUCAACCUCGAGCCCCGCCAAAUCUCUCCCAGUCAAGAACAGCUCGAAAAUCCCUAAACCGGAAACAAGUGCACAACCCCCCGAAGGCGCUCCUAAGGAUUCUCCUAAACCUGAGGACCCAGCUGAUGUUCCGGCUCCCCUGUCCGACAUCGUAGAAAUUCCUAAGCCUGAAGAGGCUGACUCGACAACAAAAGAUGUCAAGCCGGACAAAAUUAAAGAGGAGUCGGGUCCAAAAGCCGAAGGGUCAGAGGAGAAGCCCCCGGGCGAUGAUUCCCAAAAUACUCAAGCUCCUCCUGCCGAGGCGGAUGCAAACAACGAAGAGGAACAGAACGAAGCCGAAGCCGAGGAGCUCGAGAGUCUUCCGGCCCCUGAAGCUCAAGCCGAUUGCUUAUCGAUCUCUUAUGAUCGCAAUACUCGUCGAAUGCGCAUAGAUUCUGACUCGGUUGAAAGUAUCAGAAUCUUCAGAGCUGAAUUUCGGAUCGAGGUUGUAGUCAGGUUGAUGCCAGCUAUCAUCCAAGGCGGGAAAUUCGAUGGUGCAGUUGAUCCGUAUCGGAUCUGCAAGGGUGUUCUAGUGGAAAAUAUUGACGCGGAUACUGACGACUGGGCCGUCAUUGAUCGCGGGACACUAGAAGCCACAUGGCGCAACCAAGAAAAACCGAAGAUCACGGCUGGGGCCGAAACCAACGAGGACAGUGGGGACAAGUCAGAAAACAACGAGCGAGGCCCACCAAGCGAAGAUAGCUGUGAACUCGUUGCACAUGAUCCUUUGCUCCCACCCCUGUCUCGACUUUUCCUUUCAACUUUGGAAAAACAGGCCCCCGACGGCCAAUCCCAAACAGGCCAGCGUGAUAUCGUCGGCGUGCCCAACUUUAAAGAUAAAACGGUCUUGAUCAUCGCCAGGUUGGAUAGGGACAAGCCUCUGACAGAACCUAAAUGGGUAAGAACCGGCGAGAUCGAAUCCUGGAUCUCUAAUAACACGGGGAGGAUUUUUAAUCCCGAAGAUCAGUCGGAAUGCGGCUGGCGCCGUAAAAUAACUGUUGUUGAUGCAGAUCCUGCCCCUACGAUCCAACACAUGUUGGACACUUGGCUCACUACAUCCCAGAUCGGUUCGAUUGACACUCGUCAACGAUUCAUCGACCGACACGUGGCAAAGAAUGUAGAUGUCAUUAUGGAGAUCCUGUUGCGAAUGGUAAGGGUUGGCAACACCCAAGUGGUCAGUCACGCUAACCAGGCGCUGAUUGUCCAACAAGCCGCCACCCUUCGUGCGCCCUAUCCCGAGCAGCAGACUCAGGUCUCGCUCGCCGUCUUGGGCCUCUACCGCCUCGCCGUUGAAACCGCCCUGGAGACCGACCGGUCUGUCGAUGCAGUGAUCAAGAAAGCUACCGAUAUUGUUCGAAGUCUUCCCUACCGAGGAGCCUUCAAUGCCUUGGAUGGAAUCUACAAGGACGAGCAUCCCAGCUCAUGA